CGGGACGCCAUGAGGGACGUUCCCAUGGGAGCGACGCCGAGAUGCACCAGCGUCGCCAUAGAGACAGCAGGCGCGGGGAGAUGACGUCACGCAGCGCGCCGACGGCGGCGCGCGCCGGGAAUUGUAGUUCGGCGGGUUCAGGGUUAUGGGAUUCCCUCGGCCCGGGUGCGCAAGGGAGAGAUCAGGCAGGAAUGUCCCGGUUUUCCCCGUACAGGGCUCACCCCUUCCAGGGGCGUUUUUGAACAACCCAAAUGCACGCUCUGGUAACGGGGGCAGGACACAGGUGACCCUCCUCCUGAUUAUCCUUCGUGUGGAAUUUUCCCAGGAAAGCGUAGCCCACCUCCCCGGGAAUCUGAGCUUCAUCUCUCCUGCCUUACAGGUGAGGUAAUUCCCUGGAAACACUGACACAUAAAUAACCUUCAGGACAAGGAUUGACCCGACACAGAUCCCACCUCCAGCACUAAGCUGGGAUCCCGCUCCCAUUCCCUUCAACAUCAUCAAGCACAAGCCAUCUUUCGGCGUCAGCUCCUGAAGGAAUCCCCCUUCGGGAAUAACCCAAGGGGCCGCGGCUGCGCGGCUCCCGUCGCACCCGCCGGGAGGAGCCGGAUCCCACAUCCCGUCGGAUCCCGCAUCUCGCGCAUAUCCCGCAUCCUGCGCGCGCCCCGCCCCGCCGCGCUCCCGGUGCCGCGGCGGAGGAGGAGGAGCACGGGGAGCAGGAAAAGCAGGAAAAAAAAACACGAGGAGCCAUGGACAGCGCCGGCAAGGAGCGGGAGGCCGUGCAGCUGAUGGCGGAGGCCGAGAAGCGGGUCAAGGGCUCGCACUCCUUCCUGCGGGGGCUCUUCGGGGGCAACACCCGGGUGGAGGAGGCCUGUGAGAUGUAUACCAGGGCUGCCAACAUGUUCAAGAUCGCCAAAAACUGGAGUGAGGCCAUCAACUGCUUAAAUGCAGCCAUCGAUAUCUACACGGACAUGGGCCGUUUCACCAUCGCCGCCAAGCACCACAUCACCAUCGCCGAGAUCUACGAGGCCGAGCUGGUGGACAUCGAGAAGGCCAUCGCACACUACGAGCAGGCUGCAGAUUAUUACAAGGGAGAAGAAUCCAACAGCUCGGCCAACAAGUGUCUGCUGAAGGUGGCAGCGUACGCAGCGCAGCUGGAGCAGUACCAGAAAGCCAUCGAGAUCUACGAGCAGGUGGGAACAAACACGAUGGAUAACCCUUUGCUCAAGUACAGCGCCAAGGAAUAUUUCUUCAAAGCUGCCCUGUGCCACUUCAUCGUGGAUGAGCUGAAUGCUAAGCUUGCGCUGGAGAAAUACGAAGAAAUGUUCCCGGCUUUCACAGAUUCCCGGGAAUGCAAGCUAUUGAAAAAACUGCUGGAAGCUCACGAGGAGCAGAACAGCGAGGCCUACACCGAAGCAGUGAAGGAAUUUGACUCCAUCUCGCGGCUGGAUCAGUGGCUCACCACGAUGCUGCUGCGCAUCAAGAAAACCAUCCAGGGCGAGGGCGACGGCGACCUCAAGUGACGCCCGCGGGCCCUUCCCACCUCCAGCCGAGGACUUUUCGGGAAUUCCCGACCCAAUCCCGCGCUUUCUUUCGUCGCUUCCCACUCCCGUGGCUCACUGUGUUUCUUUAGUCCCCGCUCUGUGGUGAAGCUCCGGGCGGAUGUGAGGUGGGAGAAGCCCUUGGAGAAGAAUUCCUCCUCCUCCUCGUCCUGCUCCUUGGGUUUGGUCCCGCUCAUCCCGGUGCCUGCACUUGCAGUUCCCAGUUUUCCUGCUGUUCCGUUGAUUCCAGCAUGUAAAUAUUCCAUCCAGGCCAGCACAGUACCAAUAAGUGGUUCCAGCCCGUUGUGUUCCCAUCUUCCUGCUCUUGAGUGUUGGAUACACUUGGAUUUGGGGGUCUGGAAGUGGUGCUAGCCAGACGCUUUGGGAAUUGGGAAUAUCCCACACACCCCCACCACGCCAAAGGCAUUCCAGGAGUGCUGGGAUCGGUGUCGGCCCUAGGUCCUGCUUGGUUUCCAUCUUCUUGGAUUGAUUUCCACUUUAGCUCAUGGUGCAUCCCAUCCCUCCAUUUCCCAAAUAAUUCCACCCAUGGAAGGAUCUGGUUUUGUACCUCACCCUCCGCGUGUGCUGGGCACAGUUCCUAAAUUCCGACCCCUCAGGAUGCUGCACACGGGUGUUGAUCCCACGGGAGCCUCGCUGGAAUUCAGGUGGCAGGGGACCACAAUCUGCUUGGGAAAAGUUGAGAAAUUCCUGCAGGAAUUGGUGGAUGUGUGGUUAAGGAGAGUGGAUUGAGCUGCCUGGUUUUUCAGGGAUGUGUCGGGAGCUUGUGCAAUGUGUCACUCUUUGGGAAGAGUGAAGUCAUUCAUGAAGGGCUGUUCUGGAGGCUCCAGGCAGCCCCAGCCCAUCUUUUCCUCUGGAAAAAGUCAGGUUGGAAUGUUGGGCUUUGGAUGGAGCUUGGCUCAUUGGGCUCUAAAGUUCUGAAAACCAAAAAUCCCCACCCCUGCCAAAUACUCCUUGGUUUGGUGUUUCCCCACCCUUCCCGAUCUCUUUAUUUCCCACAGGUCCUUGUGUUCAUCCCAAAGAGAUGGAAAAGCCCAGGCUUGGGAGGCAGGGGGGGAUCUCCCAGCCUCAGGCUUGGAAGCACGUUGAGUUCACCCAUUCCCACCCUCAGGAAUGGCUUUGUCUGGCGUCCAGCGCUGUGGGAGCCGGGAUGAGGGGAAGCACAGCUUGGAAGGCUCCACUUUUCCCGGUGUUUUUUUGGUUCUGUUGCUGUUCCCUGUGUCGGUGUUGUAGGACAGGAGUAGCAGGAGGGCUGUUACUCCAUCCCUACACCUGGUAGUUGUGUGUGAGUAGCUCCAGCACGUCCUCCGCUGUAUCCAUGGUGAAUUGUGACGGUUCCCAGGUGACAAUUCUGCCACUCCCGCUGUAUUCCUGCCCCACUUCCAUCACUCUCUACUCGGAAAACUUAUUUAAGGAAAUGGCCUUAGCAAGAAUUAUCAUGUUUGGUGUGACUCUGUACAUGAAUAAAGUGAAAAUCAUGG